CUUUGUAAAAACGGCUCUGCAGACGGUUUUUUUCUGAUUUAUUUGAUUCGACCUUACUGAUAGUUAUUAUAAUAACAAGGCGAAUGUAGGAAAAUAUGAAUUCAAGGUGGAAAGCCAUUUGUAGUGGACUAGUAUUGGUGUUAGCAAUUUUCCAGUCAACAACAACGGUUAGCUCAGAAGCAACAAGUUACCAUUCCGGAAAUUUUUUAAACACUCAAAAUGCAAAAUCUGGAAACCCACUCAAUUUGAUGCAACUCAAAGAUCAGAAAGAUAAGCAUGUUGAAACGACGUCUACUAAAGAAGAGGAACCAUGUCUGCAUAAAGAUACUUUUAAUAAACAUAUAAAGAUUUCAAGUCAGUAUCACCACCACAGGAUUAAUCCGAGAGCAGCUGAACCAGAUAAUCCGACAAGCAAAACAUCCCAAGAAGAAACCAAGGAAGACGUAAAAGCAAAAAGUAAUGAAGAGAAACACAAAACAAUUCAUAAGAGACCAAAACUUAAGAAGUCAGAUAAUCCGACAAACGAAGCAUCUCCAGAAAAACCCAAGGAAAACAUAAAACAAAAAGAUGAUAAAAAGAAGCACACGACAAUUAAUAAGAAACCAACAAUGAAGAAGUCAGAUAAUCCGACAAACGAAGCAUCUCCAGAAAAACCCAAGGAAAACAUAAAACCAAAAGAUGAUAAAAAGAAACACAAAACAAUAGAUAAGAAACCAACGGAGUCAGAUAAAGUAAAAAGCAGUGCAUCUCCAGAAGAAUCCACGAAAAAAAUUAAACCUGAAAAUAAUGAUAAUGCGACAAACACAGAUACUCAAACAGUACCCCCAGCAAAAAUAAAACCCAAAGGUAAUGGAAAGAAACACAGGCACAGAGUCAAAAAACCAAAGCAUACUACUCCAGGAGAUGGAACAGAAAUAAAUACAACACCAGGUUCAACAGUAACAGAAGAUGAAGAAGAAAAUGCUGACGUAGCGGCAAUUGUUGCUGUUGUGUUGGUACUUUUGUCACUGAUCGGAGUUGCAAUAUUCUGGUUAGUAAGAUCAAGAACAGGUGGGAAAAAAGCUAACGAAAAUGAAUCAGAUGGAAAAGGCGAUGGAAUAAAUCCUGAAGCCGAAGAACUUAUUCAAAAAGAUGAUCAUGAUGAUAAUAAGAAUAUCCAAGAAAGUAGACGAACAUCGAGAGUGUCAAUGAAGGCUUCAUUAAACAGAGCAAGUUCUGGUGCAAACACAAGGCAUUCUGGAUUAGUGAAUGAUCCUCAGUCUGUUAAGAAUUUUCAAGAAAGUCGACGAACAUCGAGAGAGUCAAUAAAUUCUUCAUUAAACAGAGCCAGUGCCGGCCCAAAAACAACGCAUUCUGGAUUAAUUGAUAAUCGCCAGUCUGUUAAGAAUUUUCAAGAAAGUAGACGAACGUCAAGAGAGUCAAUGAAUUCCUCUUUAAACAGAGCCAGUGCGGGUCCAAACACAAUUCCUUCUGGAUCAGUGAAUAAUCCUCAGUCUGUUAAGAAUCUCCAUGGCAGUAAACAAACAUCGAGAGAGUCAAUGAAUUCUGCAUUAAACAGAGCCAGUGUUGGUCCAAAUACAAUGCAUUCUGGAUCAGUAAAUAAUCCCCAGUCUGUGCAGAAUUUCCAAGAAAGUAGACGAACGUCAAAAGAGUCAAUCAAUGCUUCAUUAAUCAGAGCCAGGGCAGGUCCAAACACAAUGCAAUCUGGAUCAGUAAAUAAUCCUCAGUCUGUUCAGAAUUUUCAAGACAGUAGACAAACAUCGAGAGAGUCAAUGAAUGCUUCAGUAAACAGAGCCAGCGCUAUGCAAUCUGGAUCAGUUAAUAAUCCUCAGUCUGUUCAGAAUUUUCAAGAAAGUACACCAAUGUCACGGGAUUCGUUAAACAGAGCCAGCGCAGGUGGUCCUUACACAAUGCAAUCUGGAUCAGUUAAUAAUCCUCAGUCUGCUCAGAAUUUCCAAGAAAGCAGACCAAUGUCACGAGAUUCGUUAAACAGAGCCAGCGCAAGUGGUCCUUACACAAUGCAAUCUGGAUCAGUUAAUUAUCCUCAGUCUGUUCAGAAUUUCCAAGAAAGCAGACGAACCUCAAGGGAUUCGGUAAAUGCUUCAUUAAACCGAGCCAGCGCAGGUCCAUACGAAAUGCAAUCUGGAUCAGUACAUAAUCCUCAGUCUGUUCAGAAUAUCCAAGAAAGUAGACGAUCGUCAAGGGAUUCAGUGAAUGCUUCAUUAAACAGAGCCAGCGCAGGUGGUCCAUACACAAUGCAAUCUGGAUCAGUAAAUUAUCCUCAGUCUGCUCAGAAUUUCCAAGAAAGUAGACGAUCAUCGGGAGAGACAAUGUCAAUGGACUCCUCAUGGAACAAUAAACAUGUGUACAGAGACAGUACAGGUCAAUACAUAAUUCAUCCUGGAUUUGUAAAUAAUCCUCAGUCUGUUGAGGUUAGUCAUUCAACUCGACCACUUCCUUCUACAGUGACAACAACGAAACAAAAUCAGUAUUCAUUGCAAGAAAGAGAUAGUGUGUCGUUGAUUCCUCAGGAACACAAGAGCUCGCCGGUUCAUUUAGUUGAUCAAAUGAAAGCAAGAAAGAUAAGUUAUUAUUCAAGUGAAUAAACAUGAUACGUUAUUUAUUGUUCUAACAUUGUUUUUCCUUUAAUGUAAACUUGUAUAUGUAUUUGUUAAGAAGACUAUGUUGCAUGUUAUGUUAUUAAAAAUGUUUAACUGUGAA